AUGCUUCUUUUAGUCAUGAUUUGUAGCUGGGAUCAGUACAAAUUUGUGUAUUUGGCCGUGUAUGAGGCUCUGGCAUGUGGAAACACAGAAAUUCAAGUUGAAAACCUCAACAUUGCAAUUAGAAACCUUUCAAAGUUUGACAACAGCACAAAUCAAAGUUUCUUUAUGCAAGAGUUUCAGCGUUUGAAUGCUGUUACAAGUACGGAGGGAAGUUCUAUUGAUGAUCACAGACGCGUCAAAUUGAACAACAAAGAAAAAACAGGAGAAUACAUCAAUGCAACAUAUGUAGACACUUACAGAGAACGAAACGCCUACAUAGUAACCCAGGCUCCCACUUGUAAAACGGUUGAAGAGUUUUGGAGACUGGUGAUAGACCACGGUAUUGGAACCAUUGUAAUGUUAAACAAAUUGCAAGAAAACAACCAG